GUGACCCUCGCCAACUUCGUGGAGGUCGCGUCGCAGGUGCCCGUCGUCGGCCGGCUGUCGCUGCACGUGGAGCCCGCGGGGAGGCGCGCGCCGCGCGGCCACGGCCCUGCGGAGGAUUUCACAAAGGUCAAGGACCCAAAGGUGGACGUGGCAAAGGCGGGCUUGGGGGUGGCGGAGGCGGCGGCGUCGGGGGCGGACCAGGCGGUCGUGGAGCUUCAGUUGCUCAUGGGCCAGCUCAAGGAUGACUUCCCAGAGCGUGCAGCGGUGGCCAGCUCCAUCGCGGCGUCGACGUCUGCUAUUCGUUCCCAGCAGUCAGAAGCUCGUCCCCUUCGGCAGCAGGCUUCCGAGGCUCAGCAGGCUCUUGACAAGAAUGUUCGCGCUCUCAACUCGCUGGACUCCCAGAUUGCAGACACCGAGUCGCGCCUCGCGGAGCUCAAAGAGAAGAGGGCGGAGGCCGCAACCCAGCAGGUGCAGCUCAAGGCGAGGUACCUGGAGCUGGCGGCCAAGGUGGCCGACCUCCCGCCCCCGCCGCAGGCGGAGCUCCAGGGGCAUUUGUCCAACUUCGACAGCGUGCUGGAGUCUGGCGACCUGGCCGCCAUUCGUGAGGGCUGGGCCAAGCUUAAGACCAGCUGCCAAUCCGUCGAGGCUGCGGAUUCAGAAGCUUUCCAGAAUUUUUUACGUGAGUGGCAGCAGGCACAGUCGGAGGAAGUCUCGAGUGAAUCGAGGCAGCGCGUCUCGACUUUCAUCGAGGCAGCGGCCAAGAGGGCCAGGACGGUUGCUGCCACUCCUGCCGAGGCCCCUGCUCCUCGGACUCCUUCCUAG